AUGUUCAAGUACUGGUAUGGUCAUCAAUAUAAUGUUGUCAAGUGGGCAGAUUCAUUGUCUGAUGCUUACAGGUUGGAGUGCGGGGUGAGGCAGGGGGGGCUCACGUCACCUAAGCUCUUCAGCUUGUAUAUAGAUCGCCUGAUUGGUGAGCUCAGCAAUGCCAUGGUCGGAUGCUCAGUGGGCGGUAAAUUUAUAAAUAACAUAAGCUACGCAGACGACAUGGUGUUGCUGAGUCCAUCAAUCAGUGGCAUACAAGACCUGUUGACGAUAUGUGAGCGGUAUGCGGAUUCUCAUGGCCUCAGGUACAAUGCCUCGAAGAGUGAGUUGUUAGUUUUUAAAGCGGGUACUAAGAGCUACCCGCGUACCCCUCAGGUUAAACUUGGCAACACUCCUCUCAAGAUAGUCGAAGAAUUUAAAUACCUGGGGCACUGGGUUACGUCAUCCCUCACAGACAACAUGGACAUCGAAAGGGAACGCAGGGCGCUGGCGGUGAGGAGUAACAUGUUGAUCCGUAGAUUUGCUAGGUGUAACAGAAACGUUAAAAUUACCCUAUUUAGGGCAUACUGUCAGUCAUUUUACACUUGCAGUCUAUGGAUCAACUAUACUCAAAAAACCUACAACGCCCUGCGCGUCCAAUAUAACAACGCUUUCAGGAUGCUGUUGGGGCUCCCGCGGCAUUGCAGUGCGUCAGGCAUGUUCGCGGAGGCGCGCACGGAUGGCUUUCACGCGAUAAUGCGAAAACGUGUCGCGUCCCUGCUGAGACGUAUCGCCGGUAGCCCCAACAGUCUCCUGGAAACAGUGGCAGGACGGGAAGAUAGUCCCUUCCAUUACUCCUGGAACAAGAUGCACUACAUGUGGUCCACCUAG